CCAUGUGCCUAGAGCUAUCUGUGUCAAGAAGCGCAUGCUUCAAUUAGCUGGAGUGAGCAAUUCAACUUGUGGAGGAACGAGAAUUGACAUUGUUGAGACAAGAAACAUGAAACCCCAGGGUACGCUUGGAGGGGCUGAGAUCCUGGGGAUGCCUGGAGCCUGGCUGCAUGGCCUGGCCACCCUGAUGCCCUUGUGUUCUCCAUGGCAGACCAGCAAGACUGAGGAGAAUGGCUCUGACAGCUUCAUGCACUCCAUGGACCCACAGCUGGAGCAGCAAAUGGAGACCACCCAGAGCCUUGUGGACUCCUAUGUGGCCUUUGUCAACAAGACCGUGUGGGACCUCAUGGUUGGUCUCAUGCCCAAAACCACCACACACCUCAUGAUCAACAAUGUGCAUGCACCACCUCAUGGGGGCAGAGGGCUCCUGUGGCACUGGGAGGCAGGUGGCCGUGUUGGCCUGGCAGAGAUGCCAACCAGCCCUGUGGGACCAGACCAAGGAAUUCAUCUUCUUGGAGCUGCUGGCCACCCUGUACUCACAUGGAGACAAGAACAUGCUGAUGGAGGGGUCAGCAGAGUAGGCACAGCAGUGCAACGAGAUGCUGUGCAUGCACCACGUGCUGAGGGAGGUGCCCAGCAUCAUCGGCGAUAUCAACAUGACACCGUCAGCACACCCAUGGGGGCCCAUGGAUGA